GGAGGGAGUAGCUUGGAAGGGAGGGAGUAGAUACAGACUAACAGUACAAAGCGAAGCGGCAACCACCGCCGAGAUUUCCUCAAGAAUCUGCAGCCUCUUCUUCCCCGCACCGCACCCCCACUCUUUAUCCACUAGCGCGAGCUGCGCGCGAUCAUAAAGAGCCACCACCCUCCGCGUCUGAUUCCAGCUGACUGACGGGGGCCUGGGACUGCGGCGAAAGACUCGAGCUUUUCUUGAUUUGCCCAGCCGCCUGCCGCCUGCAUUGGGACGAGAGGAGGUCCUGUUCUUGGACGUUCUGGGGAGCACCUCUGAGCGGCCUCGCGGGCGUUCUUGGACUCGUUGCGGUUGUUCAGGUUCUGGAAGCAUGAGGUUAUGGUCUCUCUUCCUCUUGCCUCUGCUCUGUCUGCCUGCGCGGGUUCGAUCAGAGGAUUACUCGGAUGUAACUGUCAUUGUUCGAGGCUCUGAGACGAUUGCUUCGACCAGUGACGAGUUUGUUUGCGCCACCAUUGAUUGGUGGCCUCCAGAGAAGUGUAACUACGACCAGUGCCCAUGGGGAAGGGCUUCUGUCUUAAAUUUGGACUUGACUAAUCCUUUGUUGGCUAAAGCUAUCCAAGCCUUUAGUCCACUACGAAUCAGAGUUGGAGGCUCCUUACAAGAUCAAGUGUUAUAUGGCACACCAAAUUUAGGAUCGUCAUGUGACCCAUUUACAAAGGUUUCAAGUGGCCUUUUUGGGUUUUCUCAAGGAUGCAUAACCUUGGAAAGAUGGGAUGAUAUUAAUAAUCUGUUCCUGAGUACUGGUGCCGUUGUUACAUUUGGUCUCAAUGCGCUUCAAGGACGACAGCAGACAAGAAAAGGUGUUUGGGGUGGUCCCUGGAAUUCUAGCAAUGCUCGAGAAUUUAUUGAAUACACUGUUUCAAAGAACUAUCCUAUUGAUUCUUGGGAAUUUGGUAAUGAACUGAGUGGAAGUGGAAUAGGUGCGAGUGUGGCAGCUGAACAAUAUGGAAAAGACCUAGUUGAACUUCAAACCAUCAUCAACGAGUUAUACGGAGAUUCCAGCAAACCACUGGUUGUAGCCCCAGGAGGAUUUUAUGACCAAAAAUGGUUUGCUCAGCUUCUCGAUGUCUCCGGGCCAAAUGUUCUCAAUGCAAUGACUCAUCAUAUUUACAAUCUUGGUGCUGGUAAUGAUCCACAAGUUCCAAACAGAAUUUUGAACCCACAGUAUCUGAGCCGGACCUCCGAUACAUUCAGAAGUCUCCAACUCACCAUACAGCGCCAUGGACCGUGGUCUGCUCCAUGGGUUGGUGAAUCCGGUGGUGCAUAUAAUAGUGGCAGCCGACUCGUGUCCAAUACUUUUCUCAAUAGCUUCUGGUAUCUUGAUCAAUUGGGUCAGUCAGCAAAGUAUGACACCAAGGUAUAUUGUAGACAGACGCUGAUUGGUGGCAAUUACGGUCUUCUUGACACCGACACUUUUGUACCAAACCCAGAUUACUACAGUGCCUUGCUGUGGCAUCAGAUCAUGGGGACGCGUGUUCUUUCCAUAGACAUCAGUGGUUCUUCGUACUUGCGUGCCUAUGUGCAUUGCGCAAAGCAAAAGGGUGGUGUUGCUCUUCUCUUGCUGAACCUGCACCGAACCAUGGGCUUCAUGGUUUCAGUCAGGAACGACCUAAAUGUCAAUCUCGCAGAAGGGCGAGGGAUCAGAAGGGACAAUGCCUUUGUCCAUGGCCUGAAAAGAACGGUUUCUUGGGUCGGGAGCAAAGCCUCCGAUGGAUUUUCUAAGAGGGAAGAGUACCAUCUCUCAGCGAAAGAUGGGAACCCUUUUGCCCGGACCAUGCUGCUGAAUGGAGUUCCUCUUGAGCUCACUGAAGAUGGUGACAUCCCUCCAUUGUAUCCAGUGGAAGUUUCAGUUAACUCACCAAUCUAUGUUGCCCCUCUGACCAUUGCGUUUGUCGUCUUCCCUGACUUUGAGGCUGAAGCUUGUGGCCGAUGAUCAACUGUAGUUUUGAGAUAGAAUAUCACGAGGUUUUCUGAUUAUAUAUAAUAGAGAUUUCUGAAGAACAAGGUCACUGUAAAGAUAUGUGUUCGUUUUCUGAUUUGUGCCCCAAUUGGGCCAUCUACAUUUUCCCAACGAAUAUAGUCGCCAGGGUGAUGUCAUACUGAAUUACUGAUGCCAUUGUACUUUGUACAGUUCAUCAACAUCUCAGAAAAGAAAUGUUCAGCAUCAAUGAAAUUCCAGAAGAAACUGUGCCAUCGAA